AUGUCCAUACUAGAACAAGAAAUAUACUCUUCAUUGUAUACAAAUCAGAAUCUUAGGCUGCUGAGGGAUGUUAUUCAACAGGGAGUACGAUUUGCCAAUUUCAUUUUAAGAGUUAUACCCCAAACAAUAAAUGAUCCUGGAUUUGAAUGGGUUAUGAUUAUCACCGAACUAUUCCGAACAAGUAAUGCAACAGAAGAGUUGCUGGGAAUGUUUUUGGGGUCUCAACCAGUAUCAAGUUCUGAGACACCUGAUGAACUCUCUUUACAACAUCACAAAGACCAAACUGAUCCGCCCAUUUUUUUUAACACCGCCACUGCCAACGCAAAUUCAGAUUCCAAUGAGGUUCAAUCGAUUACAAAGUCGACAGGAGCACAGCGGGCAAAUCGUGAAGUCAAUAAAGGCGAUCUUGGACCUGGAGAAGCAGAAAUUAUGGCAUUGGACAAGUUGAUUAACGCCAAAAGAAAAAAAACUGUUGGCAGGAUUAAAAUUAAAGAGGACAAUUCAUGCCAAGCAGAAAAACCGGAGACUCUGUACUUAGAAAAAGUCUUUGGUUGGCAAGAAAAGGUCUUCAGCAAGGAGCAGAAGGAAUAUUACAGCGAUGAACGAAACUGUUUUACAGAACGUGAAAAAGAAUAUCACAAACUCAUCAGUGAGGAUUUUUCGGAAGAAGACGACUAUUUAUUAUUUUCGUAUUGCACUGGUGAUGAGUUCUAUGUAGACCAUGAGAUUAUGGGUAAUACUGCUUAUCUAGAAGAAAGGUUGAAUAAUUUAGCAGUAGGUCGUUCAAACAUUUCAGACGGAAAAGAUGCUUAUGACUAUAAUACGAGCGUCAUAAAAUCUAUUGAAAACCCGUUGGUCCGAAAUACGUUUGAAAACAUGUACAUAAUGGCGGACUUUGGACAAAAUUUCGAAGGAACGUGGUUAAAAAAUGAAAAACUGCUGUGUACAGUGGGAUAUAAUAAGCAGUCGAAAAUUUUACGAAUAAGCCCAGAUAUUACAAACACACAACGUUAUGUUUUAAAAAUACAUACCGAAAAGGAGCGAAUCUUCAACUAUCUUAUUGAGCAUUGUUCAAACAAUGUUCCAGAGUCGAUUGAAGUUAACGAGAAAACUUUAAUUAAGAAAAUCAAUGAUUUUGAAGCUCUCAAGAAGGAAAAGUUAUUCCCAGGACCCUUCAAGCUGCCACCAAGAAAUAAGUUAUACGUUUUCGUCUUCAUGGAAAUAUGCUCUGCAAAAGGUUUUGAGUACUCAGAUAUUUUUGUUCAAUAUCAGAUUAAGCUUCCCCAAGGAUGGUUCAGUUCUGACUUAGAUCAUAUGAAGGGCAGAACGCAUCUCUGCAGGGCAGCAGAUGAAAAUGGAUUAGUACAUUUCGGCCAUAACAUGGAGAUACUUUUGGAAUAUAAUUUAACAAAUUUAGGACAAUCUAAUGAAUACUCCCAACUUCCCUAUGUAUACUUCGAAAUUAUAUCGAAAGGUUCUUGGAAUCGAUACAGAACUGAAGGGUUGUGUUAUCUACAGAUCCCAAUAUAUUCUUCCAGAACGUUAACACACAACUUAAAGUGCUUCCGUUUUACGAAAAACCCCAUUAGCGAAAUGAGAAGAUAUUUUAUUGGAGAUUACCAAAACUACGAUGACGUUUCGUGGAUUGGUAUUCCUAAUGGUUAUCAGGAAAACACAAUUAACAAAUACGGAACAGAAACGAUUUGCACGGGCGAACUAAAUAUUAAGAUUAAUGUACUGCAUCAAUCUCAAGAAUUUUUGGAAGAACGCCGAGGGAGCAUUGAUAAGAGUUCAAAAACAAUGCUCGAGCGACUGGGUUCUUCGGCGCUGUUAAAAAGUGUAGAACAAGUAAUUCAAGAAUUUAAAAAAGCUAGAAAGGAAAUGCUGGAUGCUCGCAAACAUGUGGCAGAUAUUGUAAUUGACUAAAAUAAAUAUGCAGAUUUUUUUUCAGA